GCCUCCUAGACUCUAGGAGGCUCAGAGGUACAGUGUGUGUACUGUUUAUUAGUUUCUCGUGUCAAACUUCACCUAGAGCUUGCCUCUGAUCUUUCCUCGUUGUUCUGAAGCCUUUAGUAACUUUCCCUGUUGUUUUUGCCUUCAGGUUUUUUCCUGGUGAAGCCCGGAGAAGCCUUUACAGAUCCUGUCUGUUUCUCUGGUCGAGAUUCCCCUCGUGACGCCGUGGGUCUUACCCACUGGUUGCCCGAGUUCCCAGACUGACCUCCUCCGUCUGACUACAAGUUAGCCCGAGCCUACCUGUCCGCCCUCCGACGCAGUCCUCUGUUUCCCUCCUGGACACCAGCCGUCAAGCACCGGACCACCUGGACCCCUUAAGAGACUAAGACUAGGAACCUUUCAGUAAACUCUCCUAGACCUCGUACCCUCGAACCACAAAGAGCCGAUCGCUCCGUGAACCCGUUUCCUCCCUGGACCAGACCAGAGCUUCCACUACCUUCGCUUGUCGUGUUAUAAUAAACCAAUUGUUACCGUAUAUACCUCUCCUGUAUUGUGUUCUGCAUGUGGGUCUGAACAUAGUUAUCUAUCAUGACAGAUGAAUCAUCUGUUUUUAAAACUUUUUAAUGACUAUUAUUCUCUGUAAAAUGGUGAUUUAUGCAUAACAUUUGAUCGCCUCUGCAGUUUCUCAGAAUUUAUGACCAAAAUUGGGUUAGUUUUUGUAUUUUCCUCCAGAAUUUGCGCUCUAAAAGUAGAUGCUUGACAUUUUGCUCUACACCUAGCGUUUCAGGCGACUGGUUUACAUUCAAAGUCUACGUGGAAGCGCGUUGAGGACACGUCAGACACGUCACACCCGUCAAAAUCACUCUAGCAGUUGUUUUCCGUUGCCGGCCUAUUUGUCGGGCGUGUCGGAGGCUCCUAACGGUUCAAAUCGCGCUGCGCCUGAGAUUGUGUUAUCCAAGUGAAAUAUAUUGAGGUUUCUGGUUGUGGUCAUUUCAUUUCAUAGUCGUACUAAGAAUACAGAUUUUAGCUCUUGAAAUGCCAACACGUUCUCACUCCCGACUCGUCAUAUAUUGACGCUUGGGCAGGUUCCCUCAACGUCACAUAUUGACGCGUCGGGUACCCCGUUCGCGUCAAUAUGUGACGAGGAGGGUUCUCUCAUUGAAUGCUGUACGGCUCCCUAAGCGUCCAAAACCGACGAUCUAGGAACAAAUAAGAUGACGAGUCUGUUCUAUUUUUGUAAAAGGCACACAAUUCGUGCAUAGCAGAUGUAUUUGUAGGUUUUUAACAAUUUAGUUAAUUUUACUUUAGUUUUAAAAUAUCCUCCGGUUCUCUGAAGCCGCUAUUUUAUCUACAUUUCUGUUUAUUUUUUAACAGCAGACACGAAUUACACCAGUUUCACUGAUUUAAUCGUAACUUCAUGAUUGUAAAUGACAUAAUAUUCUAAUUUUUACACAAUAAUAAAAAAGAAAGGAAUACGUAUGUUAUUUGGAGUUUAUGAGGUUACAGAUAAUAGCGGCAUGCACCUCCGAAGUCGUUUGCAGUCCAUUAAUAAUAAAAAAAGAAUUUUAAUAAAAAUGUUUAAGAAGAGUGAGGGUGCAUUUCCUUUUGUGAUUACAUGCCAGACGGUUCUGUAAACGUUUGAUUAAAAUAAAAAUAAGGACAGAUCCCACCCGUCCAUAAAUCUAAGAAGAAGCUGACGUCAUCGCAUGCGACAUUGGACCCCGGUGAGUACAAACCUGAAUCUGUCAGAAAUGGUUUUGUAUUAUAAAACAAAAGAAAAUACUACAGAAUGUGAUUGCAGUUGUAGGACUUAAUGGUAGUAGGACUGUGCCGCGAAUGGUUGAAGACAUUUGGACACGUUUGUAACAUGUAUUUUUUAAAUUUUUGUUGCCGCUAGCUACAUUAGCUAGCUACAUUAGCCUCUUGGAGCCCAGAGAGUUCAGCUGAACCUGCACUUAAUACAUUUAAUUAGCCAUGAUAGAGUCACAGAAUUGUUUGUUGUAUAAUUUGAGGGUUGCUAUAACAACCCUAGGCUGUGAUGAUCCUACAGGUUUUCUGAAUACACUGAUUGCAGCUAGGUCAUGCAUUUGAAUUAAAAACGAACUUGGGUCAUUACAGCCAAAGUUCUCUCCACCUGUCUACGUUGAAAUAAAUAACUUCCGAAAUCUGAACAUUUAUUUUGUUUUUAUGUCAACAGGUUCUUCUUUGAGAUAUUCAUCUGACAUACAUUUCUGCUCAUUCAUAGCACCCACAAAAGGCACUUUUAAGAGCCACGUUUGUCAUAUCUUUGUGUUCUUAAUUUGUCUAUUGUUCUUCACGUAAUUUGUCAACAGUUCUGUUUGUUUGUUUGUCCAUCAUAAGUCUUUGCAUUCUGUUUUGCUCUUUGUCAGUGUUUUUUAAGUAUGACACGCCCCAAAUUCAGGCCAUGCCAUGCGCACAGUGUCAAACGCCCAAUCAGGCAAACAGAAAAAGUUGUGUCGCCUGCCACCAGAGUCUUUACACCAAAAAUAAAAGAAAAGUUUCAGACAUUCAAUGAUCAGUGGAGGGAAACAGUUUUAAAAAACAGAAAUGUUUCCCGCAUAAUGGAUUCUGCGGAAAUUGCAGUUCGCAAACUUCAUGCUUUAGGCUAUAAGCCUAUUUUAUUUUUUGCUAAGGAAGAUAAGUCUUCAAGCAAGUGGGUAGCAGAUGCAAUUACUCUUUUGGAGCCCACUGCUACUACAAAUAAUUUUCUUGAGAAGAUGCAAAGGGCUUAUGAAUUUCUCCUCCCUGAAGCCACGUCUGUACCAGUGCAGCCCGACACCUCCACGGAACAGCAGGUUUUUUCACCCAAAGAGCAGUGGGCUGAUGAAAAAGCUGAGAACCUGGUCUAUGAACCAACAGAGACCAUAGCUGAGGAAGAGCCUGUGAUUGUGCUUGAUCUGGUUCCUGUUUCUCCUCCUAUUGUUCCUUCUUCUCCGGCUUUCCAGAAGAAGAAAAGAGCCAGAAGCACCUCUCCACCUGCCUCUCCUCCUACUCUGCCAUCUGUCUCUCCCAUAGACCAGCCAAAUCAACAUUCAUAUGAAUCGCCUGCUGCCCAUGCCAUCUCGUUAAGUCAGGGUGGCCUAUUUGAAAAUAAGAAGAGAAAGGGUUGCCGGAAAUGUAGCAGACAAAAGGUGUUCCUGUUUGACUCAAUCACUGGGCAUAGGACUAUUGCGGGCAAAGAGGAAGUAAAAAUUCAUUGGUUGCUCUGCUUGCGGGAAAAUCUGGGACGACACCUGGGAACCUGCAAGUGAAUUCACACAUGUUGCUGUCCCCCAAGAGCUUCUUCCUUCAGACAGCAAACAAGUCCUUCCAUGAUGUUGCUCUUUCUUUUUUUGUGUUACAAAGUUGUAAUUUCCAUUUUUCUAUAACUGUAGUUUGACUAUAUUAAAAGGUUUUCUGUGUAAUAUUGUUUUCGGCUUAUUUUGGGCUGUUUAUUGACACGUCUUUGUCAUGUUCUGUAAAAGACUGAGUGAUGCUGGUUGAGUCACUGCAUGAACAAGUUAUUUUGCCUGUAUUGAGGCUUCAAAUUUUGAACAGGAUUGUUUGUACAUUUUGGCUUGUAAUAGUUGACCUAAUGUCUUAAAUCCUUUAAAUGGAAGUUUUCACUUAACAUUGCAUUAAAAUAAGAUUAUUUACCAUAUAAAGCAAAGUCGAUAGUUUUAAUGGAUUUUAAUUUAACUUUUAAUUCAUUUUGCAUGAAAAUAUUAUAAUUGACACUUUUGAUGCACCUUUAAUGCAAGUUUUAAUACAACUUUGAAAUUAAAUGUCAUUAUUUACCAA